AUGCCGCGUCUCGUGCGAAAGAAGCCGCUCUCUGAGCGCCUGAGAGCCAUGCUCAACCCGAUGGACUUUUUGCUCUGGCUGUCGGAAGAACUCGAGACGAGAGACUGGGAUUCGAAGGCUCUGGGCACUCAACUUGGACUUGGCUUCAACUUCGCCUUCCUUCUUGCCAGGGCUAACUGCGUGGCGACGGAGGCAGACGAUGAUGUGUUCAGCGAUGGAAAUUCUGGCAACAUCAUCACAUUCAUCGUGCGGCCACUCGUUUGGAUCCUUGGUAUCCUCUCCUUCGUCAACGCCUUUUACGCCAUGACGCGCACGAGACAGUACCGACUGUUCCAAGUCAACGUCGAAGACAAACCUCACACCCCUUCCGCCCAACGUGUCAAGGCCAGGUCCGACCCGGCUGCCUCGUCCCCUCUGCGACUGUUGAACAAUCUUCUAGUCCCCGAGACGGCCGAGUCGCGGGCUCAUCCCGAUAGGACACACGACGUGUGGGAGCUGAGCAUCUGGGACCCCCUUCCGGUUUCCCUGCAACUGUUCUGUUUGUUCAGCCCCGGUCACGUCCUCGUCUACAUGAUGUUCCUGCCGUUGAUUCCUUUGGACCCUCGGCCCAGCGUUACCAUAUUUAACUGCGUCGUCCUGCAGCUCAUUCUCACCGCUCAGUUGACGCUUGUCCAGACCCGCUACGCCCAGCAGAUCAAGGAUACGGCCAUCAUCCACAAGGAGGUGCUUCACGAGUAUGAUACAAAGUUUGUACGCCCGCGCCUUCACCCAGUUGUUCGCGAUGUUGGUACGCAGUGCUCCCCUGAAGAGGCCGAGGAUGAAGAGUCCUUCGUCGAGCUGGGGACCCCUACAACCGUCAUCAAGAAGGAGUUCGUCGUUACGCCCAACCCCCAUGUGAAGCAGGAGGAGCCAGCCUACACUCCUCCAAUCAGCAGCUUCGCGUCUCGUCUUUUUACGCCGACCUCGGGCCGGAGAUCCGAGUCUUUUACCCCCGUACCCAGCACUCGAUCAGUUCGUCAGAGUCUUCCUCCCGCUCCGGCCUAUCAGUCUGCUUCAACCUCGACCAGCAACGCCGCAGCGAGUACGGGAUCGGCAAACUUUGGCGGUAGCCUGGGUGUGUUUAGCCAUGCAAACUCGCCGCUCAAGAAGACGACUAGCCUUAAUGAGAUGAACCAAGGCUUCAUGUCCCCCCGGAACUCGAGGGAGAUGGCCGCCCUCGAACAGCGCCGCGGUGGCAGCCCGCUCAAGCAAACAGAGACUAGGAGGUCUACCGGUUCAGACGCGCUGGACAUCACAAGUGCACCCAACUACAACCCCUUUGCUAGCGCAAAGAGGAACAGAGCUGUGCAACAGCAGGAACGAUACCCCUCAAGAUUGUCUGGUUUUCGCUAG